AUGCCUUCUUUUACGGUUAGCAGAAGUGACAGUAGAUAUUAUCAAAGAUGCCAUUUACCACAAAGUUGCUGGAAUUAUAAUUAUUCUACCAUCCCAUCCGUGGCCACAAGCAUUAAUAAAUGUAACAUUACCUAUUCAACAUUUUCUCAGCAUUUUAUCCAUGUAGAAAAGGAGCUAUUAACUGAUGAAUUUCAAAUCCCUAUCUACUUUACUUUUAACAGUUCAUCAGUACAGGAAGUAUUUGAACAGGUUAGUCAACUCACUAGGUCCAAUACACAGAGCUCAGGGUUAUCUGCCUUAACUCGAGCGAUAUCGUCAACUGGGUACCGAUUGUUAACUGGAUCACCAGUACCAAAGCCUAUAGCUGAUAAUUAUGUGUUAAACAUAGAGGGUCGUCUUGGGAAAGAGAGUGCUAAAUCCACUAUUAUUAUUUGUGCACAUUAUGAUGCGAUUUCAGCAAUCCCUUUGGCUUAUGGAGCCGAUGCAAAUGGUAGUGGUGUGGUUAUCUUACUGGAACUUGCUCGUCUAUUAUCACGUCUCUACGCAAAUGAAGCUAAUAAGUUGCCAUAUCAAAUUGUUUUCCUUUUAACUGGUGGUGGAAAAUUCAACUUUGUUGGUUCCAAACGAUGGCUUGAUCAAAAUAUUGAAGAUUCUGUUGGCUUAACUCUUUUGGAUUCUGUUGCACAAGUGAUCUGUUUGGAAGGUUUAGGUUCACCGAAUUUUGGUCAAAAUAUUUAUGCACAUGUAUCUAAGCCACCAAAAGAAGGUUCAUUUUUAUAUCAUUUUCUUAAAGCUUUAAAUGUGGCCAGUCACUUACAUUCAUUUCCAAAUGAGGUAUUACUUUACAAUCAUCAUCAAUCACCAAAUAAUAAUGAAUCCAACAAUAAUACCAUUCAAAUGAUUCAUAAAAAAAUCAAUUUAAAUCAAGAAAUUUUAGCAUGGGAACAUGAACGUUUCUCUAUACAUCGUUUACCCAGUUUAACAUUAUCUAAUUGGCCAUCUGUACAAAUUGCAAAUCAAUGGCGUCAAACAUCUUUAGAUGGUAUUCAUAUUAUCAAUAAGAAUAAUAAUAAUAAUAAUCAUAUAUUAAUGGAUCAUUCUAAUCAAACUACUCUACAUUAUGGUACUGUUCAUUCAGCUGUAUUAGCUCGAAAUACUCGUGUUAUUUUAGAAGCUCUACUACGUGUUCUAUAUGAUAUACAUUCAAAUCAGUCAAUUAUCAUGAAUAAUUCACCAAUUGUUGAAUCUCAUUGGUCUAAUGAAAUCACAACAAGUACAUUAUUAGAUUUAAUUACUAAAACUCCUCGAAGUGCACAAUAUUUAACUUCCAAAUGGAUUACACAUUAUAAAUCUAUGGAAUAUAUCACUUCAACAGAUCGUAAAGAUUCUUUCAUCAAUAGAACAAGUAUUAUUAAAGAUUUAGAAUAUUAUUUAUCACAAAUGAUUGAUGAUGUUCAUUCAAUUCAAUAUUCAUUAAAUGAUGAAACUAUUAAAUCCAGUGAUAAAACAUCAUCUUCUAAUCAUAAAAAUAAUCGUAUAAAAAGUAAUACUCAUUUAGAUUCUAGUGAAACAGAAUUCAAUUCAAUACCAUCAAUGAUUAUUACAUCAUUAGCAGCAUCUACAGAAAUAGAUGUUAUUUUAUAUACUGAUAUAAUUCCAUGUAUUAUGUCUGUUCAUAGGCUAAAGUCGUCCAUAUUUGAUUUUGCUAUUGCUUGUUUAAUAACUGGUUACCUUGGAUUGAUGUAUAUGUUCUUGGAGCAUUUUCAUAUGGUGCAAAAUCUUUUCAAAUUUAAUCGAAUAGUAAAAUCAAAAUCUCAAUGACACUAUAACCUGGUAGUUUAUGUACGUUCGUACAUACGAACGUACAUGUUGUAAUCUGUUGUAAAGAAGAUGGAGAUUGAGCAGUUUGUCGUUGGGGGUGUGUGUGUGUGUGUAUUUGCAUGUACAUUCAUUUGUAUUAUUAACUGUUCCAAUCAAUAUUAGUUUUUAUUGGGCAAUAUUCUGUCACUUUUAGUCUUUUAGUAUAAUUUAUUAUGUGUAUAUCAUUUUUUGCAUAGUUCAUUUGGUUACC